CCCGCUGCCAUGGCAACCCGCACGUCACGGCGGCGCGCUUUGCGGCAGGGCGCCGGGGCUCGGCGCGACACUCGGCGGCGCUUUGCGGCAGUACCGGCGUGCGGGGCCAUGGCGGAGCAGGAGCCGGCGGCGGCGGCGGCGGGGAGCGACAGCGACAGCGAGGAGGGGGAGGAUGGCGAGCGGCGGCACCGGCAGCUCCUGGAGGCCAUCAGCGCCUUGUCCGGACGCAAACGGCGGAAGCUGGCGGAACGCUCGGAGGCCAGCGGGCAGGUGUCCGAGUUCAAUGUCAGCUGCAAAGGUGCUGGGGAAAAGCUGCUUCUGUCGGAGCUGCUGCAGCCCAUUCAUCCCAAAUCCACGCUGGGCAGUGUGAGGAAGGAGCUGGCCAGAGUGAAGCAGAAGGCGGCGGUGGAGCUGCCACUGAGCAAAGAGGAGGCCAAGAGGGUGGUGAGGGAAGCGGCCUACGUGACCAGCUCGAAGGAGGUGGGGAAGUGGCAGCAGGUGGUGCUGCAGAACCGGCGUGCAGAGCAGCUGGUGUUCCCCCUGCGGCAGGACAUCGCCACCGUCACCCCUCUGGAGAGGGUCACCUCAGCGUGGAAGGCCCGAACUCCACUGGAGCAGGAGAUCUUUGGAUUGCUCCACAAGACACAGCAGCCCAUCACAGACCCACUGCUGACACCAGAGGAGAUGGCCUCAGUGCAGGCCAUGAGCUUGGAGGAGGCUCGGCGCCGGCGGGCGGAGCUGCAGAAGGCCCGGGCAUUGCAGUCCUACUAUGAGGCCAAGGCUCGGCGAGCGAAGCGGAUCAAGAGCAAGAAGUACCACCGCGUGCUCAAGAAGAGCCGGAGGCGCCAGGCCCUGAAGGAGUUCGAGCAGCUGCACAAGUCGGACCCUGCGGCCGCCUUGGAACGGCUGGAGGAGCUGGAGCAGCUCAGGAUGCAGGAGCGGAUGAGCCUUAAGCACCAGAACAAGGGAAAAUGGGCCCGAUCCAGGGCCAUUAUGGCUAAGUAUGACCUCGAGGCCCGCAAGGCCUUGCAGGAGCAGCUGGCCAGGAACAAGGAGCUGAUGCAGAAGGUGCGGGUGGAGCCGCCCGAGGAGGAGCCGUGUGAGGUGCCUGAGGAGGACACCACGGCCUUGCCCAUGCCUAGUGGGGCUAAUCCCUGGAUGCUGGGCAAGCCCAGUGGCCUGGCCCCGGAGCCUGAGGCACAGGAGGGUCCAAGAGAUGACACAGUGCCUGUUGCUGUGGAGAGCAAGGGCAAGAUGGAGGAGGAGGAGGAAGAGCUGUCAGAGGAAGAAGCUCUGCUGCAAGACUUUGAGCAGAAGCGUCAGCAGAGGACAGGGAACCCCGAGGGGCACAGCAAGGACCAUGGUGCUGAUGAGACUGAGACUGGUGCUGAGCAGCCCAGGGACAGCCCAGUCCCCCCAGAUUGUGCCAAGGAGCUGGGGGACAGCCCAGUCCCCCCAGACUGUGCUGAGGAGCUGGGGGACAGCCCAGUACCCCCAGACUGUGCCGAGGAGCUGGUGAGUGCAGGGCUGGAGCCUCCCCCUCAGGCCCAGGAGGAGCUCCUGCUCUCGGAGCAGCUACGCCGCGUGCAGACCAUGGAGGAUAUGGAGAGUCUGGCCAAGGAGGAGCUUGUGGAAGAGCAGGAGAAGCUGGUAGCCCUGAGACCAGGGAAGCGAGCACGGCAGCAGGAGAAAGCCAGAACUGGGGACAGACAUACCAAAAAAGCAGCAACCAAGAGGAAGAUGAUCAGCCUGGAGGCUGUACUGGAUGGGAAGCCCCAGGAGAUGGACUGCUCCAGCCUGCCUGUGGUCCUGGAGGAGGAGGAGGGUGGCAUCGAGCAGCGCGGGAUGAUCACGGAGGCCUUUGCUGGGGACGAUGUGGUCGCUGACUUCCGCCGGGAGAAGCGCAAGGCAGAGGAGGCGAUGAAGCCACAGCCGGUGAACCUGGUGCUGCCAGGCUGGGGCGAGUGGGGUGGCACAGGCCUGAAACCCAGCACCAGGAAGGUCAAGAGGUUCCUGAUCAAGGCGCCGCCGGCGCCUCCGCGGAAGGACCAGCACCUGCCCCACGUCAUCAUGAGCGAGAAGCGUAAUAUCCACGCAGCUGCUCAUCAGGUCAGCAAGCUGCCCUUCCCCUUUGAGCGGCACCAGCAGUUCGAGCAGAGCAUGCGGACGCCCCUGGGCCCCACGUGGAACACUCAACGUGCCUUCCAGAAGCUGACAGCCCCUCGAGUCAUCACCCGCGCCGGCCACAUCAUCCAGCCUAUCUCAGCUGAGGAUGUCCCUGACACGGCCCCUGGCAGCAGGGCCAGGCUUGGGGGAGAGGCCAUGCCCGAGAGGAAGGCUGUGCCCAGGGGGAAGGCUGUGCCCAGGGGGAAGGCUGUGCCCAGAGGGAAGGCUGUGCCCAAGGGGAGGGCUGUGCCUGGGCAGAAGGCACAGCCCCGGCACCGCAGAGCACAGUAGCUCUGUGUCUGCAGCCUGGAGGCUCAAACUGGAAUGAGCAGAGGAACCAGGAGCAGAUCCUGGUUCUCUCCAGUUCCUUCUACCUCUUUCUCUGCAAUAAAACCCAGGGCUGCCCUCCCUGUGCUCUCUGCAUGGCUGCCUUGGCAGUGUCCAGGGCCAGGUUGGGCCCUCCAUCCUGUCCUUGGGGUCCAUGCAUGGUUGGGUGCUUUGGCUGAAUUGAGGGUGAAAGCUUGGUCAGGAGUUCAUAGUGGGGGCACAUUUAGGAGCAUGGUGAGGGACUGGAAUAGUUGUCAACAUCCUGUCCUUUGUCUUUUAUAUCCCCAUUUUUGUACCUAUAUAGAUUCUUAAAUCUUGGCCAAAGGGGCUUUCUCCCCACCUUGUCAUGCUGAGCCUGGCCUCAGGGUGUUUCUGGGGUCCACCUGCACUCCCAGAGUACCUGCUCAGCCCUAAUAAACCUGAUCACCUGGAAA